CUCAGCACCCCGAGGUCGUGGAGCGGCGGCAGCGGCGGCCAGAGCAGCAGCAGCAACAGCGAGCGGGACGGAGUUAGGACCGCUCGGAGCGCCCAGGUCUCGAGGUAGUAUAAGGUUUGCAAGCCUUCCACUUGCUGGCGGUUGCAGAAGAAGAUCUGCUUUUAAGUGAAACGUACAUGCCACCCCUCCGAGGGCUGCGGCUUCCCGGGUUUGCUUCUUUCUUUCUUUCUCGCUGCUCCGGCCCUCGCGCUCACUCCUUAAUUUGUACGCGCCCCUAAGUUUGCCAAGAGCUCGCUGCCCGCUCGGAGCAGGGUCCGGCCAGGCGCCGCGGGCGGGGGCGGGGAGCCCGGGAGCCGCAAUCCAGAAGCAUCGUGGGCCAUGUAUAUUUCAUCAAAUGGACUUUGGGUGCGUCGCGUCUCGCAGCCAUCAACGCUAUGUGCAGUGACAUUUCUGACUUGAGUGGAGGAAUGCGCGAAGGAAGCCCGGGCGAAAUUGGUACAUGAGGAUCUUCUUGGCGCCAAUGCUAAUUGUCCUGAUUUAUGUCCCUUCUGACUAAGCUCAACGUCUUCAUCUGAAAUAAAAUGAAAGCUGUGCCAAACGGGGUAGAACCGCCGGGCCGCUGGUUCUGAUCCCCAGGAACCAGGAAAUCGUCCUUCAGCUUAAAAAAAAAAUUUUUAAAAAAAGGAAAGAGGAAAAAAUAGAAAUAGAAAAAAAAAUGCCUCAGUAAAAGUUUAAGGCGAGAAGUGGCAGAGGCAGUGGCGCGAGGAGGCGCGGAGGAGCGCUGGCAAGCGGGGGACUGGGCUGGCAAGACCUCCGAAGGCUGCGAUUUCAUUAUUAAUAUCAGUAUAUUUUUGGAGGGAGAGGCCCCUUUCUCAUCCUCUCUUCCUCUCCGCCCACCCCUAUUCCCUCCCCCUCAUCUACCUGUCAAAGUCACUGAUCUUUUGCAUUUCGGAAGAGGACGUCAACGGGAAGGAAUUCCCCCUCUUGGUGCGGGUUCCGAGAGGGGUCGACGCGCAGGAGGCUCCCCCCGAGGGGCCCGAGGCGAAGGGUCUUGGUGCCAGAAGAAAAGAAUGAUUGAUGGGAAACAGACACCGGGCCAUAGACACUCAUCCUUUUGCUUCAGAUACUGAUGUCAGUGCGUCUGAGCAUCCUUUGUGAGCUGUGAACAUUGAAGAUCACCCAUGGUUAUCGGAUGUACAACAGGAAAGCAACCACUUUGCUAAAUCAUUAUCUGCUACGGGACGUCUUUUACAAAAAUCAAACGAGACCUGAGUCUAAUAGAUUUGUUCUAGAACAACGAAAACACAGCAAGUUGUUGUUAACGCCUAACGCAGAAGUAUGUUAGGCUUCCACCAAAGUUCUCAAUAUACCUGCACACACUCAAUAUCUUAACUCUUCACUUUUAGUUUUGGAAUUUACUUUACGAUCUCAUCCUCUUUUUUUAAAAAAAAAUACAGAUCUACCUGCAUAUAGACGUAUAGGUAUAUGUAAAAUAAACAUAGAUCACUGAUAAGCAAACCCUGCUUUAGUUACCACGAAGAUUGCCAAGAAUUUAGAGAUGUAUUUGUCAAGAUUCCUGUCAAUCCAUGCCCUUUGGGUUACAGUGUCCUCAGUGAUGCAGCCCUACCCUUUGGUGUGGGGACAUUAUGACGUGUGUAAGACUCAGAUUUACACAGAAGAAGGGAAAGUUUGGGAUUACAUGGCCUGUCAGCCGGAAUCCACGGACAUGACAAAAUACCUGAAAGUGAAACUGGAUCCUCCGGACAUUACUUGUGGAGACCCUCCUGAGACAUUCUGUGCGAUGGGCAACCCCUACAUGUGCAAUAAUGAGUGUGAUGCAAGUACCCCUGAAUUGGCGCAUCCCCCUGAGCUGAUGUUUGAUUUUGAAGGAAGACAUCCCUCCACAUUUUGGCAGUCUGCUACUUGGAAGGAGUAUCCCAAGCCUCUCCAGGUUAACAUCACUCUGUCUUGGAGCAAAACCAUUGAGCUCACAGACAACAUAGUUAUUACUUUUGAAUCGGGGCGUCCAGACCAAAUGAUCCUGGAGAAAUCACUCGAUUAUGGACGAACAUGGCAGCCCUAUCAAUAUUAUGCCACAGACUGCUUAGAUGCUUUUCACAUGGAUCCUAAAUCCGUGAAGGAUUUAUCACAGCAUACGGUCUUAGAAAUCAUUUGCACUGAAGAGUACUCCACGGGGUAUAUGACAAAUAGCAAAAUAAUCCACUUUGAAAUCAAAGACAGGUUCGCGUUUUUCGCUGGACCAUGGCUACGCAAUAUGGCUUCCCUCUACGGACAGCUGGAUACAACCAAGAAACUCAGAGAUUUCUUUACAGUCACAGACCUGAGGAUAAGGCUUUUGAGACCAGCCGUUGGGGAAAUAUUUGUAGAUGAGCUACACUUGGCACGCUACUUUUACGCAAUCUCAGACAUAAAAGUGCACGGAAGGUGCAAGUGUAAUCUCCAUGCCACUGUGUGUGUGUAUGACAACAGCAAAUUGACCUGUGAAUGUGAGCACAACACUACAGGUCCAGACUGUGGGAAAUGCAAGAAGAAUUAUCAGGGCCGACCUUGGAGUCCAGGCUCGUAUCUCCCCAUCCCCAAAGGCACUGCAAAUACCUGUAUCCCCAGUAUUUCCAGUAUUGGUAAUUGUGAAUGCUUCGGCCACUCCAAUCGAUGCAGUUAUAUCGAUCUGCUAAAUACAGUCAUUUGCGUGAGCUGUAAACACAACACUAGAGGGCAGCACUGUGAGUUAUGCAGGCUGGGCUACUUCAGAAAUGCUUCUGCACAGCUGGACGAUGAGAAUGUGUGCAUAGAGUGUUAUUGUAACCCUUUGGGCUCAGUCCAUGAUCGUUGUAAUGGCUCAGGAUUUUGUGAGUGUAAGACUGGAACGACAGGGCCUAAGUGUGAUGAGUGUCUGCCGGGAAAUUCCUGGCACUACGGCUGUCAACCGAAUGUCUGCGACAACGAGCUCCUGCACUGCCAGAACGGAGGGACAUGCCACAACAACGUGCGCUGCCUGUGCCCGGCCGCAUACACGGGCAUCCUGUGCGAGAAGCUGCGGUGCGAGGAGGCGGGCAGCUGCGGCUCCGACUCAGGCCAGGGGGCGGCCCCGCGAGGCUCCCCGGCGCUGCUGCUGCUGACCGCUCUGCUGGGGACAGCCAGCCCCCUGGUGUUCUAGGCGUUGCAUCCAGCCACCAGACGGGCCUGUGCCGUGGGGAAACCAACACCACCCAAGCAUUUGCUGCUAACAUAGGAAACACACACUCAGACACCCCCACUCAAACACAGUGUACAAACUAAGAAGGCCUAAUUGAACUAAGCCAUAUUUAUCAGCCGUGGACAGCACAUCCGAGUCAAGACUGUUAAUUUCUGACUCCAGAGGAGUUGGCAGCUGUUGCUAUCACUGCAGAUCACUUUGCCAGCUGCAGAGCUUAUUGCCGAUGGGAAAGGCUGUGACAGCCCCCCAAACAGGAAAGACGAAAAACAAAUCAACCGACCUAAAAACAUUUGCUACUCUCGCGUGGUGCGCCCCAGCACCGCUCGGCCCAGUGUGUGGACCAACCAAAUAGAAGCAUUCUUUGCUGGCAGUGCAUUGUGGGUAUAAGGAAAUCUGUUACAAGCUGCCAUAUUGGCCUGCUUCAGUCCCUGAAUCCCUUCCAACCUGUGCUUUAGUGAACGUUGCUCUGUAACCCUUGUUGGUUGAAAGAUUUCUUUGUCUGAUGUUAGUAAUGCACAUGUGUAACAGCCCCUCCGAAAGCUCAAGCCAGUCAUACCCCAUAUAUCUUAGCAGCACUGAGUCAUCCCAGUGCGGGCACACAUCCACUGUCCAAGAGUGGCUAUAGGAAAAGAGAAAGUGUAUCUAUCCUUUUGUAUUCAAAUGAAGUUAUUUUUCUUGAAAUACUGUAAUAUGUAGAUUUUUUGUAUUCUUGCCAAUUUGUGUUACCAGACAAUCUGUUAAUGUAUCUAAUUCGAAUCAGCAAAGACUGACAAUUUUAUUUUGUCCUCUUCUGUUCUGUUUUGUUUCAUUGUGCAGAGAUUUCUCUGUAAGGGCAACGAACGUGCGGGCAUCAAAGAAUAUCAGUUUACAUAUAUAACAAGUGUAAUAAGAUUCCACCAAAGGACAUUCUAAGUGUUUUCUUGUUGCUUUAACACUGGAAGAUUUAAAGAAUAAAAAUUCCUGCAUAAACGAUUUCAGGAAUUUGUAUUGCAAUUUCUUAAGAUGAAAGGAGCAGCCACCAAGCCGUUCCACACUCACUUUACUGAUUUCUAUGUGGACUGAAUACAUUCAGCUGACGAAUUUAGUACCCAGGAAGACGGAUUGAUGUUCACUAGCUUGGACAACGUCUGCAAAAUAUGAGACUAUUUCCACUUGGGAAAAAUUAUAACAGCAAAAAAAAAAAAAAAGAAAUCUAAGUGAUUGCCAAGAUUAUGCCAAAGCCUGUUGGCAGAGUAUUAAGAGACUUUUAUUUUUAAGUCAUGCUAUUUUCACAGAUUGAUGUGAUCAUGUGACUCUAGGGAUGCUGAUCUAUGUAUCUUUCCAAAUACAGUGUUUACAUGGAGUAUCAUAAAAGGCAGCCUGGGGACCCAGGAAAAUCGCAGGGAAAUUGAGUGAUUAGCAAUUUGACUUUGAAUAUAUUAAGACUAAGUAUUUAGAGGAAAUAUCAAAACAUACAGCAGCAAGUAGACAUAACUGCUGUUCCCAAGAAUAAAGUUUGUUUUAA